GAGAGAGAGAGAGAGAGAAGUGGGGUCACACUCACACUCUUAGCUGCUAAACCAGCUGAGCUGUGUCUUCUUCAUUCAUAUUCCCUCUUUGUUUUAACCAAAAAGAAAAGAUCUGUACUAUUUCAUCUAUCUGUAUUGGAACCAACUGCUCUCUGCUUCUCUCCUUUUUCUUCAAUCUCGUAUCUGUUUCCUGGACGGGCAAAUAAAGAAGAAAAGAGAAAGUAUAGAUAGGUGACCAUUCGUUUCUCUGAUUUCACUUCAACAAAAGUUCUUUCUUUGAGAUCUAUAUCUGCUGGGAAUGCUAAGAAGAUGGGGAGGAAAGGAAAAUGGUUUUCUAGUGUAAAGAAAGCUCUUAGCCCUGAUUCCAAGGAGAAGAAAGAACAGAAAUCAAAGAAGAAAUGGUUUGGCAAACAACAUCAACUGUAUUCUGAUUCCACCUCUAUAGAAAAUGCCAGAGAUCUUUCUCCUCCACUGCCUCCGCCUCAACCAGAAGAGGUGAAAACAAUUGAGACAACAAAUGAACAGAAUGUGCAUGCUGCCUAUUCUGUUCCAGUUGCUGCUGCUGCUGCUGAACCUGUUCUUCCUCCCGAGGAGACCACCAUGGAGGUUGUUCGAGUGGUGAAGGUAAAUAAGUUUGCUGGAAAAUCAGGAGAAGAAAUGGCUGCAAUCAAGAUUCAAACUGCAUUUAAAGGAUAUUUGGCAAGAAGGGCAUUACGAGCUUUACGAGGGCUGGGGAGACUCAAAUCGCUGAUGGAAGGGCCUACUAUAAAACGACAAGCCACACACACCCUACGAUGCAUGCAGACUCUAGCCAGAGUGCAGUCUCAGAUUCACUCAAGGAGAAUUAGAAUGUCAGAAGAGAACCAGGCCCUCCAGAGGCAACUCCUACAGAAACAUGCACAAGAGCUUGAGAAGCUGCGGAUGGGAGAGGAAUGGGAUGACAGCCUACAGUCGAAGGAACAGAUUGAAGCUAACCUGCUAAACAAGUACGAGGCAGCUAUGAGAAGAGAAAGAGCACUCGCUUAUUCAUUCACCCAUCAGCAAACCUGGAAGAACUCUUCAAGAUCUGCGAAUCCUAUGUUUAUGAGUUCAAGCAAUCCAACCUGGGGCUGGAGCUGGUUGGAACGAUGGAUGGCAGCCCAUCCUUGGGAGAAGGGGGGCAUGACAGAGAAAGAACUCAGUAAUGACCACUCAUCUGUAAAGACUGCAAGCCGUAGCAUGGUUGGAGGAGAAAUCAGCAAGUCUUAUGCUCGCUACCAGCUCAAUUCUGAUAAACUAUCACCCGCAGAAAGUGAGAAGGUAAGGCAAACGAUGAGCCCACGUUCGCCUUUGACUCCUUCCAAGCCAGGUUCUUCUACAAUUGCUAGAAAAUUGAAGUCAGCAAGCCCAAGGAGUAGCAUUGGAGGUGCAGAUGAUGACAACAGAAGCAUAAUCAGUAUGCAGUCAGAUCGAUAUAGAAGGCACAGCAUUGCAGGAUCAUCAGUGCGUGAUGACGAGAGUCUUGGUAGCUCUUCAGCAGUUCCAAGUUACAUGGUACCUACUGAGUCUGCAAGAGCUAAGUCCAGGUUACAGAGUCCACUCGGGGUGGACAAAAAUGGAACGUCGGAGAAGGAAAAAGGACCUUUGGGGCCAGCAAAGAAACGACUUUCUUACCCACCUUCACCGGCCAGGCCUAGACGGCAGUUAGGUCCACGAAAGAUGGAGAGCAACUUAAAUGCAGAAAUUGCUGUGGCCAAUGGACAGGGCUAAAAAACUUCUGAAAGUCAAAGAAAUGAGGAAGGAAGAAGCAAUUAUGAUUUGGGGUGAAUCCUCUCCUGUUGUUGAAAGUAUUUAUUCAUGGCUGAGAAAGUGUUGUUUUGGGGUGAAACUAGUCUCCUGAUUCAGUUGUUUCACGGGUAUUGCUUAUAAUUUGUUAUUAUGUAUUUGUUUAUAUGUUUACUGUUAUUCAUUGUUUGAGACCUUCAUUCUGAUAUUUGUAUUAUGAAAAAAAUAAAUAAUCUCCACAUGACUUUGAAACA